AUAUUGGAGAAAAGAAAAAAAAAGUAUAUAUUUCAAGAUUUACAAGAAUUUGAGAUUGAACAUGAGUGUUUCUAAUCACAAUUCUCCAAAUCCUUGGGCUCCCAAUGAUUCCUAUAAAGAUUGCUCUCAAGGAAUUUGUAGCAUUUAUUGUCCCCAAUGGUGCUACAUCAUUUUUCCUCCUCCUCCUCCUCCUCCUCUUCAAGAUGAUUCCGGAACUGAUUUCUCUCCUGUCAUUAUCGCACUUAUUGGCAUUCUGGCGAGUGCUUUUAUCCUGCUAAGUUACUAUGCCAUAAUUUCUAAGUUCUUCCGGCGACGACGGCAUGGCGGGAAUGCCACAGCAUUGAAUGAUCAUAUGAUCAAUAAUGAAACUUCUCAUCAAGCUGCUAAUAUAGGAUUAGAUGAGGGUUUUAUUAAGUCCAUUACAGUAUGUAAGUACAAGAGAGGUGAGGGAUUAGUUGAAGGCACAGAUUGUUCAGUUUGUUUAAGUGAAUUUCAAGAAGAUGAGAGCUUAAGGUUAUUGCCAAAGUGUAAUCAUGCUUUUCAUCUUCCCUGUAUUGACACUUGGUUGAAGUCUCACUCAAGUUGUCCUCUCUGUCGUGCAAAUAUUACUGCAUCUACUAAUAUUUUGCCCACCCAAGAAACGUCUCCACGUGUAAAUGAUGGUGAUAUCAAUGUUUCUGUGAAUCAAUUGCAAUACCAACAGAGAGAUGAGGCUGUUUUAGUGAUCCAUGACCCAGAAGAAGCUGUUAUUUCAAGAGAAAACGUAAUUGAAGAUGGGAUACAGCCAAUUAGAAGGUCAGUUUCAAUGAAUUCUUGUGUUUCUCGAGGCCCUAUUUUGGUUGCUGAUAUAUUACGCAGUACUGAAGAUGAUGACGAGUUUCAAAUGGAAAGAAGCAUAGAGAAGAAUAGUACAACAGUUGUUAGGAGUCAUAUUUCAUUGAAAAGAUGUGUUUCAACAGGGAGAUUUGUGUUUACAAGGUAUGCAAAAACUGGGAAUUAUAUUAUCCCCAAUUAGAAUUAAUUUUUUUUUUUCUUUUUUCAAUUUUUACACAAAUUAUAAUACAAAUUUUCCUUAAAUUAUGUUACAAUUUCUUAGCCGUUAGAUUUAAGUAUUUGAAUAUAGGACACACAAAAUCUUGGAUUUGACCAAAUUGACAAGUAAG